AUGAAAGAGGAGGCCGUCGGGAACGGAUCCGCGGCAUUGGAAGAUGCCGUGGCGGAACUUGAAAUCGGCGAAAUAGAGGUCAUUACAAAAUUGGAAGGAAAAGAUGACCCUCUGAACUGGUCACCAGUUGCAAGGUGGAUUUAUACCAUCACCGUUGUUGGAAUGUCCGGCAUUGUCGGAUUCAGCGCAAGCGUAUAUACGCCUGCCAUCUCAUCGAUUGCCAACGACCUCCAUGUCUCCAAUCUCAUGUCCACACUGGGGUCAACGACUUACUUGAUCGGGUCGGCAUUUGGUCCCCUGUUCUUUGCCCCGCUGUCGGAGAUUUGGGGCAGAAAUCCACUCUAUUAUGGCACCUUUCUGCUGUUUUGCCUUGCCACGAUGGGUUGCGCACUCGCCCAGAACAUAAACACCUUGCUAGUUUGCCGGUUCUUUGCGGGCCUCUUUGGCAUCCCUGCAGUCGCAAACACGGGUGGUUCCAUCACUGACUUGUGGCCUCAAUCCCACCGAUCUGUUCCACUUGCACUUUAUACAGCAGCUAGCUUCUGUGGUCCGGUCUUGGGGACGCUCGUUGGCGGUUUCUUAACACAGUACCUGUCUUGGAGAUGGACCUCUUGGGUUGUGUUUAUCGUCGCCAUGGCAAUCUAUGUGGUUGUUCUGUUUGCUCUUCCUGAGACAUACGCCCCCAGGCUGCUUGAAGUGAAGAACGCCAAAGCUGGCAUCAAAACGCGGCGAGAUCUCCGAAUGGCACAGUUUUCUCAAAGUCUGUUGCGCCCUUGGAUCAUGCUCUUCACGGAGCCCAUUUUGUUCACGCUAUCGCUUUACAUGGCGUUUGUUUACGGCGUUCUCUAUCUAGACUUUACGGCUUAUCCUGUCGUCUUUCAGAAAGCGCGCGGGUGGUCCAUCGGCAUUUCAGGAUUGGCGUUCACAGGAAUCGGGGUUGGGAUGGCCAUUGCGACCGCCCUCUCUCCGUGGGUGAACAAUAUCUACGCUCACUACAAGAAGAAGAUUGGUCCGGUACCUGAAGCCCGUUUGCCACAUCUGAUCCCAAUUGUUUGGCUAUUGCCAAUUGGCAUUUUUUGGUUCGGUUGGACCGCGCUACCACCGAUCCAUUGGGUUGUGUCUAUUAUUGCCGGCAUACCUUUUGGUUUCGCUCUAGUGAUGCUUUUCCUCGGCAUCAAUGCGUAUCUUACUGAUUGUUAUGAACGUUACAGUGCCAGUGCUUUGGCAGCUAAUACGAUGCUUCGCUGUCUUUUUGGCGCUGGCUUUGCAGUAUUUGCUACAACAAUGUAUGAGAAACUCGGUGCGCCAUGGGCUACUAGCACAUUGGGAUUUGUUGCUCUAGCUCUGGGAAUACUGCCGUUGGUAUUUUACAAAUUUGGAGCCAGAUUACGAGCUGCAAGUAAGUUUCACCUAAAUGUUACUGGCAGCAAUUAA